AUGGAACAGAAAGAUGCCGCCCUCACUGCCGUCGAGGUGGAUCGCGAGGUGGAUCGCGAGGCCCAGUCGCAGGUCGAUCUUGCGACGAAUGCCGACCAGAUCGAUGCGCCCGAUCACUUUGACGACAAGUAUCGCACGACCAGGAAUGAGAUCUGGGCCUAUUAUGCCUACUACAUCGGGAAUAAUGGUCUCUCGCUGUUCAAUUUCGCGCCCACGGCCUUCCAGAACUUGCUCUCCCAGGCCGCCCCGGUCGACGGCAUCAUGGAGUUUGCGGGAAGUCCUCGGUCCAUCAACAGCAUCGUGUUGCUCUGCAACGGCAUCUCCUUCGCCAUCCAGGUCGUCGUCUUCUUGACGAUCGGUAGUUUUGCCGAUUUCGGCUACUGGCGCCCCAACAUCCUAAUUGCCCUGUCUCUUGUGGCCUGGGGCAUUGGGUUCGGUUGGUUGGGCGUGCAUACCUGGGACAAAUGGGAGGCGGCGGUCGGCCUGUACAUUGUCGGUUUGAUUGCCUACCAAACCACCCUGACAUUUUGGACGGCCGCUUUCCCCGGGUUGGCCCGCAAUACCACCGAGAUGAAAGAGAAGGCAAUGGCGUACAGCGCCGGGACUAUCACCCGCGUCGAAUACGAUUACGCCGAUACCAUGAUGCGCAGUCGUCUGGCUAAUAUGGCCUUCUAUAUCCAGUCUUGUGGCGAGGUCGUGAUUCUGGCCGUCAUUGUUGGCAUUAUGUUCGCCUUGAAUGUCAACAAGGGCCAGCAGGAAAAUAACUGGGGACUCAGUGUACUGAUUGCCUUUGUUUCUGGUGUAUGGCUGCUGUUGUCUCUCCCGUGGUUCUUCCUCGAGAAGCGUCGCCCCGGUCAGAGUCCAGGUCCACAAGGUGUCCUCAUUGCAGGAAUAUGGCAAGUUUGGCAUGCGAUGAGACAGAUUUGGAAAUUGAGACAAAGCUUGGUCUAUCUCAUUGGCUAUUUCCUUCUAGGAGACUCGCUGAACACCACUGUCACAGUUAUCGCGACGUUGCAGAAUACUAUUGUGGCCUACAAUACUCUGCAAUUGACAUAUCUCCUGAUAGUUGGAAUUGCUGCACAGGCGGCUGGAAUCUACACAUUCUGGUUUGUACAGAAACGCUAUAAACUCGGAACAAAGACCAUGUUCAAUACCAUCGCGGUGGCAAUUAUCCUACUAGAUGGCUGGGGCAUGAUCGGAAUCUGGACAACCAAAUUCGGUUUCCACAACACCUGGGAAGUCUGGGUUUACCAAGCAUACUACGGCUUCUUCGUCUGCCCCUGGUACAGCUAUUCGCAAAUCAUGAUCUCGGAGGUGACACCCCGAGGUCACGAGUUCCUCUUCUUCAGUCUGUUCAGCAUCAUCGGCAAGACGUCCUCGUUCAUCGGACCUAUUGUCUCCAGCGCAAUCAUCGAUGCGGACCCCAAUCAUAACAACUCCACUCCAUUCUAUUUCCUCUUUGCGUUGAGCGUUGUCAGCUUCGCGGUCUUGUUCUUUGGUGUUGAUCUGAAGAAGAGUCAGGAUGAGCAGGAGAGCUUUCUCCUUGACAAGAUGCGACGUCGUGAGACCAAUACGACUCCGACAACGAAGGGUGGGCCGAGUGUUGUGUAA